AUGGUCCAUCAGGAAGUACGCUAUUUGCACCCAUAUGCCUCGGAGACCAGCCCACAGGAGGAGCGGUACAGAAUCUCGACGCUUGACUACCUUAUGGGCCUUUGCUACACCCACCUCGCGAUCUUCUUUCGUUUGGAUGACGGGAGUAAGCCUAAGGCCGCUGCAGUACUCAAGAAGGGUCUCGAGCGGAUUCUCCGCAAAGUCGGCCACCUUUGUGGCACCAUCGAAAAAUGGCUGGACGCUGCGAGCGAUGCGGAUCGGCUCCCCUCGCUGAACGACAUGGAAAAUUCGAGCUUUGCUGGGAUUACACUGGGUGAUUUCAAACAUUGGAGCAUUGACCCUAUGGCAUAG